UCUCUGUCUGUCAGCUGUCUGUCUAAUGUCGUCGUCUACUACUAUUGUCAAGCGGAUUAGUGCAUUUUAAAGUUGUUCUAAUAGUAGUGAUUGUCAAGUAGUGUUGUCAAGAUGGCAACGCUGGAAGAUGGAGUUGAGUUUCCGUCAGAGCUGUGUUGGGCUCCACAAGCACUGGUGGGGGUGGCUGGCUUGGACACUCUAAACAACGCGGUUCACCGCAUCGUGUGGGAAGCUCUGGCCAACAGUCGACGUCAAGAUCGUUCCGCAGUCCACUUCAAACUGCUCGGACCUGUACAUGAGUUCCCUACAAUGAAGCCCAAGAGAAAUUCAUAUGAGUGGUACAUACCAAAAGGAAUUUUAAAACGAAACUGGAUGAAAAAGCAUCUCAAAGAAAUCCCAGCUGUAGUCGUUAUCUUCUACGACCUAGACUGGGAUGAUCCUGACUGGCCGGAGAAGAAAAUCGAGUGCACUUCUCGAGUGCAAUCCAUCAGAGCGGCGCUGGAAGGACGCAACACUAAGCUUGGUGUAGUCCUUAUACAACAUAAGGCUCCUCUACCUGUGGCGGAAGAUACGGUGGCUGUGGAGAGGGCGGCUGCGUUGUGCGCUGCGUCCGAUAUCAGCCCGAAAUGCCUUUUUGUGCUGCCUCACGUUGAUCAUCUUCAGGGAUAUGUUCUCAGGUUGGAGAAUGCAUUUUACGAGAUGGCGCAAGGCUAUUAUACACAGGAAGUGAGACAUGUCAAAUCUCACAGGGAGUUCCUCAACAAGACUACGCAUCAGUACCUGUUCGUUCGACACCAGUACAAGAUGGCAUUUCUCAGCGAACUCAAGCAGGACAAUAGGAACGCUCAUGUCCAUUAUUCGGCUUCUUACAGUAAUCUGCUUGAGUUACGAAUAAACGACACUAACAGCCACGAGGUGAAAACAGUGGCUGGCUUUAUACUCUACAAGGUAUGUCGACUGUUGUUUGCGCUGAACCAACCGAGAGAUGCGAUCAACCAGUUCCGCAGCCACGUAGACCACUUUCGGCCGAAGGUCGGACCACCAGAGUUGAUCUUUCAACACUACGCUUGGUUGGCUAAACAAUACUGUUUGUUCGGCGAGUUGUUUGAGGAGGCCAUCCGAGGAGGGUUGCCAGCCGUACAGACGAUGCACCCUGGAUACUACUACGAGCAGGCAGCUAGGCUGGCUACGGACAGGAAACUAUCUUGUCUGCAGUUGUGUCAGGGUGUGGAUAAGUAUCCAGCCAGUGACCCGUUGGCAGGCACAGACUCGCUGGAGUUCUACGGACAGCGGCCGUGGCGGGCGGGCAGUCUCAGCGCCCAACCUCCUGACCCAACGCGCGAGCUGGAGGGUACGGUCGCCUUGCAGUACAACGAGAAGCACAAAGUCAGCCACUCGGCAAUCAUCAUAAGCUUACUGGGCAACGCCAUCACUCAAUUCAAGAACUAUCGCUGCCCGAGGAUGAGGCGACACCUUGCUAUUCAAAUGGCGGAUGAGUACUACAGCUCCAAAGACUACGGGAAAGCCUUAACACUGCUGAUGCACAUGUUGUGGGACUACCGUGCUGAGGCGUGGACCUCACUGCUGACCAGUCUCCUCAGCAAGGCUCUGGCCUGUGCCUACCUCACCGCCUCCCUCAGAGAGUACCUGGACCUUGCUCUGGAGGCUUCUGUCCACUUCCCACACGCUCGCCAGGUCCAAGUUCUUGACAACAUUUUGGCAGUUGUCUCAGGUGGAGUCCCUGAGCCAGAGCCAGACAUUGUGUCGGACGAGGCAACCGCCGCUCGUAGCCUGUGGUUGUCCAAGAUGACCACCCCAUCUCCGCCGCCACACACUGUUGAUGUUACCAACAUAUCCUUUCCGGUAGAUUGUAAGGCAAAACUUGUACAGGAGGUUCAUGACAGCGUUGAUAUCCAAGUGCUUAUCAGGUGUAGGUUUGUAAAACCCGUCCAGUUCUCUCGGCUCAGCGUGUGUGUGAACAAUCCAACAGUCAGCUCUGAGUUUGCGAUGUGCGACUCGUCCGGAGAUCAGCUGCUCUUCCAGCCUGGAGAGGUGAAGAACUUCCUAUGCCAGAUCACUCCGGACCCGGCAGAUGCUGGCAAGGAAAUUCAGAUCGGAUCAAUUCUUUUGGAGAUGGGAGAAGAAAACUGUCAGAAAGUCGUUCUUAGAUUUACUGGUAGUGAAUCUACUAAACACACUCUUCCAGAGUUAAAAUAUUUCAGGUACAGCAGUCGUGAAGACGCACAGUUUGACCAGUUUUUACCCGCGGUCUCGUUGACACUAAUUCAGCCCGAGGCGAAGUUGUCGCUGACCGUGACGCAUGAUGCGCCAGCCCUGCUUGGCUCGUGGCACCCUCUGGUGGUGCGACUCAACAAUCAGGAGUCUGGCGCAGUGACUGGCGCAACAUUACACGUGGCUAUCAAGUCUACACCCGAGGAUCCCACCAUUGAGCAGAAAACCGACAUGUGUGAGACUGUGGCCAAAGGGUUGUUAUCUCUUCCCUUAUCACUGGCUGUAGAGGACAUCCCAGCUGGAGAAUCAGCUGAUAAGACUUUCUACCUAAGACCCCACACACUCACUACUCGCUAUCUGUCUGUCUUUGUAACAUACGCUUCGCCCCUGGGACAGCAAUGCGCUCAGGCAGUGGAGACGAGUGUUGAGGUCAAGAAGGCGUUGGAAGUCAAGUUUUCCUUCCUCUCUACAAGGUGUGAGCCAAUCACAAAGCUGUAUGCUAGGGAGCCGUUCUUCAUUGUUCCGCAGAUAGACUGUCACGCUCCCUGCGCUGUCACAGUGCAGAAAACGGAGCUACAAUUGGCUGCUGAGGCACAGCUGCAGCAGACGACGUACAAGUGUCAGCUGACAGGUGCUGAGCUAAGAGAGGGGGAGGGAGGGACCUGCAUUGCUUGUGUUGUUAUCAACAGCCCGUCAGACCAACCUGUCUCUCUCGGCAACUUUGUCAUCCAUUGGAACAGGCAAGGUAAUGAGGUGAGCUCGCUGGUUGUGGCGUUCCCCAGUGUAACAGUUGAAGACUGUCCUUUACAACUAGAAAUGUGCGUGCCAGCACACGGUUGGGUCAGGACUCCACUGCCAGUUUCGUACUUGGUCUACAACCACACGGAUUACCUCAUCACUCUCAGUUUAAACAUGGAGCCUAGUGAAGCGUUCAUGUUUGCCGGCCAUAAACAGAUGAAAAUGAGCGUACUGCCCCAGUCUUGCCAAAGACUAGAGUACAACUUGUACCCGCUGUUGUCCGGGUUGGUAGCCCUGCCGCAGCUGAAACUCACUGUUCCAUCUGAGAUAGUAACGGUGCAGCAAGUCAGUGACCUAAUCAGUAGAGCUAUACCAACACACGUGUACAUCAUGCCUCAAGCCAAGAGCAGAGCUACUUCUACUCCGACUCCGGCUUAGUUGAUCUCACAACUGCCUUAGAAUUAAGAAGCAUUUGUUAGGAUAUAUUUUUUUUUUCUAAAACAUAUGUUUGAAAUGUAUGUUUAUAUUUAUUAUUAGCUUUGCUCAGUGGUAUGAGCCUAAAAUAAUCAAAUAAAUUAUUAGAAGCUGCUACAAAAACCACUAGUAUUACCAAUGAUUAAGGAAUUUUAAAUGUGUUUCUAUAGUUAAUAGCAUUACCAUUGUAUCAUACUUUGAUUUUAUGUAUUUAUUUAUAUAUUUAUUGCAAGACAUUCAAAGUAUAUUUAUCUAUAAAUAUUUUCUGUAGAAGACAUUCUAUGUUCAAAACACAGUAAAUUGUCUCUAAUUUCAUUCUUAUAGAGAAUCUAUAUCAAUAUUCUACAUUACUUAUUUAAUACGCUUUACGCAAGCAGGUUUUUUGUGACAAUUACUCCUCCGAAACUACUAAACUGAUUGACAUGUUUUUGGUGUCUAUAGAAAGAGAAAGAGUGUAACGUGAAAUUGUGCAGGAAACUUUCUUUUUAGGGAAAUAAUUAGAGAGUGGGGCCCUGGGGCCCUUUAAAGUUUUGUAUUUCUCUAUAAGAUUAACAUGGGAAACUAAUAUUGUUAUGAAACUCCAGCUGUUAUCAGAUAUUAAAAGUGAGAAGAAGAACAUAUGUUAAUUGUAAACAGUCAAUAAGUUUGCUAAUUCAACAGUUUGCUAAAAACAUUAAAUUUACUGACUUGGUUGAAAUGAAAUAUUUACUAUUUGAAUUUGGGUUGGCGUAAAUAUCACAGUAGAAAAAAGCCAGAGCCUGGAUAAUUUGAUAUACCAAAAAGAAAACUGAAUUAACACUGUGCUGCAUUUCUUAGUAAUCAUUGAAAGAGCCGAUUUGCAAAAUAUGGAAACAUAGGAAAGUUACAGAACACCACCAAGGAGAAGAAAUAGAAAUAAUGUUUUUUUUAUUAUUUAUAAUUGUUAUUAAGGACAACCUAAUGCGGCUAAGAGUAAGGAUAUUUGUAGAAAACACUAAAAAACAAGAUCAGUCUUUGAAAAAUGAAUGAUAAGAUAUUUACAGGAAAUGUGUAUUAUAAGGAUCUGUUAUGUACAUCAUGAGUAUUUCCAAAAUCUUUGAGUCGAAUCUUUUAGUCAUCAGAAAUUAUGACUGUUAUUCGUUUUAAAAUAAAAUAACGCCUGUAAUACUUACCAAUUGCUCAAAUUCGAGUAACAGGUACACUAGUAUAAAUUAAAGCAACUAGAAAUUUGCUCGGCGUGCAGGUCUGCUGUGACAGGCUUAUUCAUAUUUGUAUUAAAUUCAAAAAUCUUUAAUUCAUGCAACAUAAUGCUAAAUAUUUCACAUCCUCUUAUGCACACGCACACGAGGAGAUUUAUGUAUCUCACUGUUAUUCACAUUCCUAAACUAUGUAAUCGUUAUGCUAUAUAAGCGGUUAUAGUGACUAUUGAAAUUUGUAAGAACUUUGUAAUUUGUUCCAGUUUUAUGAUUGUAUUUAAGAUGAAAAUAAAUAUAAUUUGGCUGUUCUUCUAUCAAGUUUUUGUUGCAAAUAAAAUAAUUUUCUCCAUUCUUUCUUUUUUGUUGGAUAUCCAUGCCGUUGGCAAUUUUUCUGAGGAAUGACAGGAGAAAGUAGUUAAACGCUUUUAGGGAAAGCAUUCCAAAACUAUAUGUGUUGUGGAUGUGAUGGGAAUUGAACCCGUCCCUCCCGCACUGAAGUCUUGAUAUGCUAACCACUGGACUAGCCACACACCUACGUCUUAAUACGGGACGGUGGCGUUGUCCUGUACUAGGAGCUCCAGCUACUAGGAGGUCACGAAUUGUGUAUAUUUAUAGAGAUGCACUGUGGAUGCGAUUCUCCCUGGUGUGGAUUAACGUCUGCACUAGUGAGUACUACUACUAUCCGCAGUGCUAUCCUGAUAAUUAGACCAAUUCGUUAAUACCAAGUCAAGAAUGUGGUUCGGAUUCCACUAUAAACUGUAGGUCCCUUAGUUGCCAUUAGCUGUUUGGGCUAUUAAUUAACAGCUGUGUCUAAGGAAUAUGUCGGCCUUAGUCACUAACAAGACUAUAAGAUUGUGCCACUCAUCCUACACUCAUAUUUGCGUUAAAAUAUGCACAUAGUGGCGUCCCCAUCUUAAAUAACUGAUAAUUGACUGAUAAGACCUAUUUACGAUAAGAAUAUUAAUUUUUUUUGUACAAGCUAGCCUCACUCAUCAUAUUUACUGUGUUGAUGACAGUUUCAUAUGUUAAACUAGAAAAAUUAAGGAAGUGAUUG